GGGAAACAUGAAAAGUUACAGAGCACCAGAAUUUCAGAGCUGUGAGAAACAAAAGAGCUUUGUUAAGCAGGCAAAUCUGUGCUGCUUACAUGAAGCACUGCCCGAGGGUCAGGCCUAGUUAACUCGCUGUGUUUUGAAGUGGAAGGAAGAAGAUAGGAAUGUUUCCAAGUAACAAAAUGACCGCUUCAGCAGGAGCAUUUCCAAGUGUUAAAUUUAGCAUUUCAGUGGAUAUAUUGAUGUUGUGUUUAAUUGUUCUGGUUCACCUGCCUAAGAAGGGAGCUGUGAAGAGGCCACGUUUCCCAGGGGCCUACCCCGGUUGUGUGCCCAGGUAGGCCGUGCUGCGUGCUUGGUGCCUCCUUAGAGAAGCUUCUGGGCAUAAACCUGUGGUGUUAACGUUGCUUCUCCAGAGGAAAACCAGGAAACAGAGAACAUUAGUCCUUUGGGAGGAAAAUACGUUACCUGACGAGCUAAUUUUAAUUGGUGGACAGAAGGGAGGUGUGAUGACCAAAGCUGCAUCCUUACACUAUAAUUUGGUUGAGGUUGUAUCUGAUUUUGAUAUGAUGCUGGCUUUGUGUUUGCGAUACAAAUGUAUUAUGCUGGUAUGUGUAACCUCUGAAAACGCGAGCAUCACAAUAUCAGGAGAGGUGCUCAGGGCUUUUGCUCAUGUGUGUGUCCAUGGGUGGCAGCUUGCGGAAUCCCUACAGCCUUUGCAGAGCCAAGAGGAGGGCCCUUACCUGGAGGGCAGAACGCCCCAUUAAGAGUCAGAUGUUUCACAAAGUUAAUCAUCAGCAAAAUACAAAUCAAUGAAGAAUGUAUUUACUUUAGAGAACUGUGUUCCAGCUCCUAUCAGGGAGAAGGAAAACCAUGGACAGACCAAUCGCUGCUGGCCAGCUUAAAGAAAAAUCGGUGUUCCAGGACAGUAAUGGCAGUGCAGUCUCUGCCAAGCCUGCGUGCCAUAAUUGUUCCAAGCUGAAGAUAUUUCUUGGAGCUCUAGCUUUUUCCUUUUUUGCCAAAGGAUUUUCUGGAAGCUAUAUGAAGAGCAUGUCCAGUCAAAUUGAAAGGAGAUUUGAAAUCUCAUCGUCGAUUGUUGGCAUUAUUGAUGGCAGCUUUGAGAUAGGUAACUUAAUGAUCAUGGUGUUGGUGAGCUACCUUGGACCGAGAGUUCAUCGGCCGAAAAUAAUUGCUGUUGGGUGUCUCAUCAUGUCUGCAGGAGCUUUUUUGUCAGUGAUGCCACAGUUCCUAAUGGGACGUUACAAUUACGAAAGGAUAACUGUUAGUGUGGACAACUCCUCCAAGAGUGUGUCAGCGUGCUCCCCAACAUCAUCUGAGGGCCCUGCAGUCACAGAUGCUACAGAAACACUCAGCACAAUGAUAAAUGCUGAUUGUGAGAAAACAACAAAUUCCUAUCUGUGGCUCUUUGUUUUGGUGGGGAACCUUCUACGUGGAAUUGGGGAGGCACCAAUUAUGCCACUGGGAGUUUCAUAUAUUGAUGAUUUUUCUAAAGAAGAAAACUCAGCGUUUUAUAUAGGCCUGGUGAGAUCCUCGGGGAUGUUUGGGCCGACACUGGGCUUCCUACUGGGCUCCUUCUGUGCCAGUCUCUGGGUCGAUGUCGGCGCCGUGGAUGUUGAUGCCAUCAGCAUAAAUCCUAAGGAUAGCCGCUGGGUUGGUGCCUGGUGGCUUGGAUUGCUUAUCUGUGGAACAGUCAACUUCAUUGCCUCAUUGCCUUUCUGGUUUUUACCCUAUUCUUUACCAAAAGAAGGAGAGAAUGAAAACUUGAAGAUUAGUCACUUGUCAGUUCAAGGAGAUCACUGUAAAAUAGACACCCCAGCUCAGCCACAGUUGAAGUUCUCAGAGGCAGCAAAAGAUUUCUUGCCAGCACUCAGGAAGCUGUUUGGAAAUCCAGUUUUUGUGGUGUUCAUCUUCCUGACUAUUCUGCAGUACAAUUCCCUUGUUGGGAUAAUAACUUAUGAGCCAAAGUUUAUGGAGCAGCAAUUUAAUGUAUCCGUGGCAAAAGCCAUCUUUCUAAUUGGCGUGAUACUUUUACCUGUCACAAUCCUGGGGAUGUUUUUAGGAGGCUUCCUGAUCAAGAAAUUCAAGCUUCACAUAACUGAAAUGACCAAGUUUGCGUGCGUCACCUUUAUAGUGGCGUAUUUGCUGAACCUCUUGUACUUUGCGUGCAGCUGUGAGGCGCUCCAGGUGGCCGGGCUGACAGCGCCAUACUCUGGAAUAAAGCACCUUUCCUCCAGCAAGCACAUCUACAUGGCCAGCUGCAAUGCUGAGUGCAACUGCAAGGUGGAUCAGUGGGACCCUGUCUGUGGGGAUAAUGGGAUCACAUACAUGACAGCCUGCUUUGCAGGGUGCAAGUCAUCAUCUGGGACAGGAAGGAAUAUGGUGUUUCACAAUUGCAGCUGUGUGCAAGGACAAGGGCUCGGGCUUGGCAAUUCCUCUGCGGUUUUGGGACAAUGCCAAAGAGAAAGCUGUACCAAAGUCUUUCCCUAUUUUUUAGCAUUGCAGACUGCAUGUGCAUUUUUUUUAGCCUUAGGAGGCACUCCAACAUACAUGAUUAUGUUUAGAUCUGUUUCUCCAGACCUGAAAUCCUUUGCUGUUGGAAUAGAGACUUUGGGUGGUAGAGUACUAGGAGGACUCCCAGCCCCGAUUUAUUUUGGUGCCUUGAUAGACAAGACCUGCUUGAAAUGGGGGACAAAAAGCUGUGGAGGAUCUGGAUCCUGCAGAGUAUAUGACACAAAAGAAUUCAGGAAUGUCUAUCUUGGCCUCAUUGCAGGACUACGGGCAGGAUGCUGUCUCUUGUACUUAGUGCUCUCCGUUUUAAUUAUGAAACGCUUCAAACCAGAUGGCAAAGAGAUGACAGAUAUUAAAAAUGCAGAGAGAUCAGCCAGCAAAGAACUAGAUACUGCUAACAAAAGAGAAAUUCUUCCUGGUUCAAGAACCUCAGAGGAGAGUGAGGAAACUUAUAUGUAAAAAUGAAACAAGACCUAGGCUUCAGUUUUUCUGAAGUGCAAAAGGAGUCUAAUUACUGGCUAUAACAACUAGUUUACAUUUUGGGAGUUCAAAAAGUAUCUUUGAACAUUGGCUUUUUAUUGGCUUUACCCAUCAUCUUCCUUUUGUCAUCUAAAACAGCAAUAAGGGGAAAAGGUGUUCAAUAUUUUGGGGAACUCUGCCAUCCUCCUGCUCUCAGUCCCUUUCCUUGACCCACAGUAGGACAAUCCAAAAAUUUUGCAAAUGUCAUAAAUGUGAUUAUGAUUGAAAAAUUAAGAAGAAAUCCAUAAUAAGCUGCUUUGUUGUUUUCCACUGAGGAUAUUUCAAGUCCUCUUGCUCUGUAUUUAGUCCUAGAGCUCUCCAUGGCCAAUCAAUCUUGACUUGGGCUACUGUGAUGUGAAAAGUAGGGGGGGUUUUGCUGUGAGGUUUGUUUUGCUGUGGGGUUCCUGACCAGAGCUUAUGGUUCCAGACUUGCUCCCAUGUGCCAUGACCAGGUGAGACCCCCAGGGCUGUCAGGGAGCACCUUCUGAGCUCAAACAGCACUACAGCUCUGGGGGUUUGGCUUGAAAGGGUUAAACAAAGUGGACAGCAAAUAAACAAAGAGGUGUAUUAAUUUUGCAGCACAUCUCAGAAAUGGGUUUGAGAUAGACUGAACUGCAAUAAAGUGAUAGGUACUUAA